ACGAGCUUGUGCGAAAAUUAUAUUGCUUUCGGUGAUACGGAUUUUCCUUAUAGUUUUUGUGAAGAUUUCGUCAGCUAUUCGUUGUUAGGUGCAUCAAUUUCAACUUAAGAAAAGCGUAUCAUCAAAGUUUUUAUAUUUAGAAACGCGAUGGCUGGAUUGUUAUCCUUAUUGUCGCGUAAUCUCCCUAAAAAAGCAUUCAAAAUCGGAUUUCGAUCGCUGGAGCGAUGUAAUAAGGUAUUCGUUGUGUUUAGAUAGUAUCAAAUGUUGGAUUCAGAGGACUAUAUACGAAAAAAUUCAGGACUAUAUACGAAAAUGUCACAGCUGAUAUUAUGUAAUAUAAUAUGCUUGUCAAUGUCUCUUGGAGGUGCUAAAUACUUGGUUAACUUUAUCGCCAGCUCCCGAAGCUAUCAGGUGAACAACGUGCUGCAAAAAAUAGUUCAUGCGUCGGUCGUUCAGAGCGCACAAGCUCAGAAGUUAACUGUAACGAGAUGGCAUCCCAUGAAACGUAAUUUAUUUUCAUCGAGCCGAUUGUUGAGUUCCGAGAUCGUAAAGGUUCCUCCUUUCGCUGAUUCGGUUUCGGAAGGCGAUGUUAAAUUCGAUAAAAAAGUUGGCGACGCGGUUGCCGCUGAUGAGAUUGUUAUGGAGAUUGAAACUGAUAAAACUACUGUAGGCGUUCCUUCACCUGGACAUGGAAUUAUAGAAGAAAUUUUCGUUGCUGACGGUGACACUGUGAAGGCUGGACAACAACUAUUCAAGUUAAAAAUUACUGGCGAAGCACCUAAGGCGGAUAAACCCGCUGCUGCUGCUUCUGCUCCUACGCCGACCCCGACCGCGCCUCCACCUCCACCGGUUUCACCACCACCAACGGCGGCAGCUGGUGCUAAACCACCACCUCCACCACCACCACCACCUGCUGUGAAGGUUCCUCCACCACCACCGCCCCGUCCUACGGGUCCAAUCAGUAAAAUGCCUGUCGCUGCAAUUCGCCAUGCGCAAGCUAUAGAAGCCGCUACAGUGAAAGUACCCCCGGCAGAUUAUAGUAAGGAAAUCACGGGCACAAGAACCGAACAACGGGUUAAAAUGACUCGCAUGCGGUUGAAGAUUGCUUCUCGAUUGAAAGAAGCACAGAAUACUAAUGCCAUGUUGACUACGUUUAAUGAAAUUGAUAUGAGUUUUAUAAUGGAUUUCCGGAAACAACACCUAGAAGCUUUUCAGAAAAAGUACGGUAUGAAAAUUGGCUUCAUGUCAGCUUUUUGCAAAGCGGCUGCCUAUGCGUUGCAGGAUCAACCUGUAGUAAAUGCCGUCAUUGAAGAAAAUGAAAUCGUUUAUCGUGAUUACGUAGAUAUAUCAGUUGCGGUUGCUUCGCCCAAGGGUCUGGUUGUGCCAGUCUUAAGAAAUGUUGAAGGAAUGAACUUUGCUGAUAUUGAAUUGUCCAUUGCCGGUUUAGCUGAUAAAGCAAAGAAAGGUACCCUUGCUGUAGAGGAUAUGGAUGGUGGUACAUUUACCAUUUCCAACGGUGGAGUGUUUGGUUCAUUACUCGGAACUCCUAUUAUCAAUCCGCCACAGAGCGCUAUUUUAGGAAUGCAUGGAAUAUUUGAGCGUCCAAUCGCAGUCAAAGGACAGGUUGUUGUUCGGCCAAUGAUGUACGUUGCCCUAACUUAUGAUCAUCGAUUGAUCGAUGGUCGUGAGGCUGUAACUUUCUUGCGCAAAGUGAAGGCGGCCGUUGAAGAUCCUCGCAUCAUUUUGGCUGGCCUUUAAAAGCAGGUUAUGUACAAUUGAAAACAUGCAAGUUCCGCAGUUAAAAAAAAUGUCUUGCAACACGGCGCAAUACAUUAAUAGUGUCUACGACAUCAUUAGUAUCCAAGUGAAAAAACUUGCAUAAAAUUAAAACGAGAAUCUUACUUACGGCUUAUUAUGAAUCAGUCUAGAUACAGGCGCAGUUUUAUCAUCUCACAUGUAUUAUUGCUCUACCAAUGAUGUUUUGAAUAAACAUAUAAAAAAUUGGUGCUUUUAUAGGAACUAUUCAAAGUUAUGUUUUUGGAACGGCGUUUUUUAUUGAGAGAAUGUUUAGGAAUACUGCCAAAAUCUUUAAUAGCCAUCGCAAGUUGCAUCAAAACUAAUCACCCUUAAUCUUGUUUAAGACCGUAUCCGACUUUCUUACGAAAAGAUGGAUUCGAACGAAAGGAAAAUGUUAUCCCCGUUCGAAAAUCGGAAUUCAAUUUUUUAUAUUUUCGUUCGAAUUGAAAAAUACCGUGUAUAUCAAAGUAUGGCAGAAUACUGACAACAAGUUUAUCAAAUAUAGUACUGUCACAGACCAACAGACGUACCACUGCAUACAAAAUUCUAAGAUGGUUCCGACUAACUUGUGCGACACCUACUGGUUUACACCUGCUGAUUUUGGCCGCACGGUGCUCGAAUACUGUCAACUGAGUUCAAAGGAAAAGACACAUCAGCGCCACCACCGAUGCGGCGGGAAUAUUCCACAUAACUGAAACUCAUUUGAAAUGACCGUUAUUUUGAUCCACGGAAAUAAAUCUCGUGGUACGUCUGUUUGUCUGUGGUACUAUAUAUCAUAUAUAUUAGAAAUAAUGCAGAAUACUUAUUCAAAAUUAUUUUUUUAUGUCAUUAAACCUUUCUUUUAACCUAAUCACAGAAUACAAAUUUCACAGAAGAUCUUCAAA